UGCCUUGGAUUUCAGUUCAGUUUCAAAGGGUGUGUGCAAACAUAAUGUAUUAAGCGGUUUACAUGACGCAGAGAAAUAAUAUGAUACUCCCAUUUAGUCUGGGGUCAGAGUUCAAGAAUAUUUAAUUUAACCAAGGAUAAUUUUAUUUUUCAUUCCGAAUUUAAUAAAUUUCCUUGUGUGCAAAUAGCAAAUAUUUGCUAAAUUGUAUUCUUUCAUAUUGUGCGAUUUUAUAUCCUUGAUGUUAUCGCGAUUAAAAGGGUCAUAAACAGGAUAAAGGAUAUGCACGGAGUAUUUGUAGAAAGGGGCCGCUGCAUAAAGAGAUUACACUCGUGUGUAAACCGAUAUGCCUUGAGGGGUUCAGGAUAAGAGCGGCUGUCUGAAGAUAGGAGUGGUUUCAAAAACAACAAACUCUUGAGAUACACACAACCUGUGAGAUUACAGCAGGGGAAAAUAGUGCCGGGAUUUAUACAAAGUGUUAGUGGAAAAGGAUUUGAAUUAAUUUGUUAGUGCGAAACUUGGAAACAUAGAUUUGUAGAGUAAAAAUGACGAGAGAACACAUAGACGUAAAAAUGAUGGAACAGAUAGAGCCUCUCAACAAGCGGCCUAUCAUGCAGAACAAUCAUUGCGAUCACAUUGACCGUGACGGUAGUUUACGAUCAGAGAGGAAGGAUCGACAGCGGCUCGGGAAGUCACGUGCCAGUAUUAGCAGCUACAAGGGCAAGUACAGUCUCAACCACAGAGUCCGAAAGAAAAGCACCACCCCAGAAGAGCAGUGUAUUUCAAAUCUGAAGAUGAUUCUACAAUGCUAUAACGUUUUCAUUUUGAUUCUCGGUUGUGGAGUACUUGGUGUUGGUGUAUGGCUGCUGGUGAAGGAAUUUAACACCCGUGAGAUGUCGGCAAUAAUGGGGUCACGGCUUGUAGAAAUGAUUACAUAUGGUUUGAUAGCUGGGGGCGGGGCGGCAACCAUCCUCGCGUUUUGUGGCUGUUGUGGAACGAUGAAGCAAGAAAAAUUCGUUCUAGGUUUUUAUGGGACGAUAUUGACCCUGGUUCUGAUCACACUGUGUGUGGGGUUCGGUGUCAGCUUUAUAUUCAAAGACGAUAUAACUGAAGGUAUCAAGACAAAGUUCGAAACAACGAUCAUGUUUAACUAUGGAAAUGAUAUUCAGAGAAAUUCAACAAAUAAGCUUAUAACUGAUGCUUGGGACUCAAUGCAGUCAUCGCUUGGUUGCUGUGGUGCCUAUGGUGACGUGAACAAUGAACAUUCCUGGGGUCUCUACAAAACUCAGAGCAUAUGGUUUAAAAGAUAUAAACCUGACGGUAUUAUAAUGUAUGUACCGGACAGCUGUUGUGUUGACGGAGAAGACAAACAUCUGUGCCAGGGAGACAAUAAUAAAUAUGACGGUCCACCAGUGUAUGGGCCUCCCAACUCUAAAUAUAGAACACAUAAAGACAAUCAAGCAUUGUAUACCACAGGUUGCUACGAUAAAGCCCUAGCGUAUCUUGAACAGCAUUUCCUAAUCAUAACAAUUGUUACCGGCUCCGUGCCUCUUCUUUUGCUCAUUGGCAUCGUUAUUGCCUUCUACCUGUGUGCCAACGUCCGCGAUACAGACGAUGAUGAUGAUUUUGAUUAUGAGGUUGAAGUUUAGCCAAAGGCUGACACUGUCUUCUGUCACAUUCCGUCCACUCUCGGACAAUAUGGAACCAGUAAACUAAAGUAGUUGUAACUUCAAGAUGGAGAAUUCAGCGGAAAUGGCAUCUUUCUUUCGCGAUAUACACAUGUUUUGCAAAAGUAUAUGGAUUGAAAUGCUUCAGAAUCAGUGAACAGUGUUUGCACGUACUGACUAUACAUCUUACCCGAACAGUAUGACCAAAGGUCAGCAGUUUCGGCUUUAACAAAGGAGGUGUGUUAUUGCAUAAUUAUGCAAGUAAAAUGCUUGCCUUAAAUGAUUUUGCUAUGCAAGCUAAUUUUAAGACCAGUUUUCUGGUGCAGAUAAAGCUAGAUUCAGAUGCACCAUGUGCAAUAGAUAGUGCCAAUAAGUGUUCCUCUUUGUGGGCCAGUGUUGAUGCAAGUCAGUUUUCUUUAAAAAAAAUUGCGAGAGAAUAC